AUGGACUUGGUCGAUUCAUCCACGGAAAUUUCGAGCACAACAUCUUUAGCAGUUCAAUUGCCAUUGAAAAUCGAUUCAUCGAUUAUAGAGGUACGAACCUUGAAAAAAAGAAAAAAAAAUAAUCUGAAAAAAUAACCGAAAAAUUCUAGGCGUAUCUCACUUCAAUCGAUGUAUACCGCACAACAUUUAUGCCACAUAUAACGAGGUUUGUAAUAUUUUUCGAUAUAUUUUUUUCUAGGCAAUUUUUUUCUUUUUUGACAUAUCUAACUUACGGUAAUUUUCAUUGUCAACCAAAGCAUCAAAACAACAAAAACUAACUAGUUUGGGCGAUAAUCGAGAUAGAUCCUUAUUCAAUUGUUGUUAUUGUUGUUGUUAUAGAUCUGCCCAAAUGCCAGUAACACACACAUCGACGGCGACGGCGACAACAAGGGAUAUCGAACCGGCUAUGGCUUUUUUCGAACAAAUGAAUUCGUUACAACAAAAAGAUUGCGGUAUUUGUGGAGAUAAAGCUAGUGGACUUCAUUACGGAAUACACACUUGUGAAGGGUUAGUUCUUGUUGGGAGAGGUUUUCAUGCACUGAAAAAAAUCCAACCAUCUGGAAAACCAUUUUUUUGUGAAAAAUACAGCGAGUCAGGUUUCAUUUCUUAUAGCAUAGGUGCGUGGUUUUUUUAUAAUUUAUAGGGACCAAAACAACUAACAGGUUUGAAAAAACUAAUUUGUGAAUAGUCUAGCUUACUUUCUUCAAAUUCGAGCCAGGGAUCUGAUUUCUGGAACUGUAUACCAUAAAAUACGUUCAGCCUGAAUGGGACCUCAGAAAGUUCUAUCACAUGUGGAGAAAUUGUUUUCUGUUCUCUCCCCGAUCACUAAAAAACACACAGUGUCGAUCAGUUUCCAAUAUAAGCUUCAACUUGAAGAAAAUACUCUAGCUCACAUAUUUUCUUUUUUUUUUUUUGAAUUUUGUUCCACUUCUCCUUCUUCUUCUUCAUUCUCAAAGACUAACAAUUUCAGAAAAAUCGAAAUUCACGGUUGUUUUUCGGCGCUCUUUGUUUUCUUUUCAAUUUCAUUUCUUUCAAUUAUUUCUGUCACAUGUGUCGAGAUAAUUUUGUAACAUUUUUUAUCAUUUCAAAAAAAAAAACCGAUAGUUUCAAUAUUAUUUGAAAGUCAAACCUCACACGAAGAUUAAUAUUGCAACAAAAUGAAAAUAUUGUGUUUUUCCUUUUCUCAUCUCAUUCAUUUCUCAGUAAAUGACCGUGUCGGAUGAGUAGAGAUAAAUGGAAAGAAAUGGAAAAACCAUCAUAAUACAUAUAUGUAUGGGGGUCAUUUGAAACAAGGAACGAAAUGAAAUGGAAUGACCAUAAAUGUUGCGAAAAUGGAUGGUUGUUGCGAGAAACAACAUCGCACUUUUUCGGCAGCGCAUUUCAAAAUUGCACUUUAGUUGUUUCCCAACUGGUUCUGACUGUCGCCACCAAACACAUACUCAUACACACUCCUUUUUUCUCAUUGGUCAUGAACUAUUUUUUUCGCCUGUCGGUUGUAUCAUUUUUGGGGCGAGAGCGAGGUUAAUCGGUUUUUGAUUGAAACAACAGCACGAACAAAUUUUCAACACGAACCAAGUUGAUUUUUUCCGCGCCGCCGGACGGCCUUUGAAUGAACUUUUUUUUUUGAAAAUGUUGGAGGUUGAUUAAAAUGUGUUGAAUUCCGAAUGACCUCACAUUAAUCAGUUUUUUUCUGGUGGGUGUGUGGUUGACGGGUGGAAAUGGUGGUGAAAAAGGGCAAGCAGGUUGAUAGUUUUGUUGAAUUCAAGAUUGAUAUCUUGAAAAUAUUUAAAUUGUUAAUGCCAGAAAAAAUUGAUUCUAUAACUUUAUCAAUGAAAGUUCAGAACACAAAUAAUACAUUAUUUUUGUGAACAUUAGAUUUUAACUGAUGAAAAAACCAGACAUCAAUGAUUAGAACUACUAAAACAAGAGGUUUGAAAUUUCAGGUUUUUUAAAAAAUGGGAAGGAAUACAGAUGUGAUUCAAAGAAAGAUUAUCAGUAAUUAAAAGUUCUUGGAUCUACAGUUCAACAUUGACAAUGUGCUAAACCGAUAGAUAUUUUUUGAAAAAAAUAAUUCGAAAAAGUUUAAACAUAGGAGUUGGGCAAUCAAGUUUGCUCUAUCGUACAUAUAGGGACCACAAACACGUUUUGAAAAAGUUGACACCCUGAGCUCUUCAAGAUUAUCACUACCAUUAUUUUUAAAAAAUUGCACCAAGUUUGAACCAGAGUUAUUUCAACUUGCAAAAGUUUUAUGCAAUAUGUUAUCUUAUCUGUCUUGAAUUCGAGGCAUAAAUCAAUUUUAUUAUUAUUUCAUUUAAAAUAUCGUUAACGACCUUGAAUUCCAUACUAUCCUCGAUUUAUCUUUGUCGGUCGUCCGUCAUUUUUGCAUGUGUUCCACAUCUGCCUGUCCCAUACAUACACACAUCUAUCCAUCCAGUAUUUCCGCGCUCGAUCCGUCCGGAUGGCCUUCUAGGAACGAAGGAAUAACAUCGGUGAGAGGUGGCGAUCGCUUCGGGUUUCUCGGACAAGGUCGGUUCAACUGGUGCCAUCUUUUUCGUCUCCGUUUUUGCGUCGACCUUUUUUGCCUCUCUUUAUUUCUCUCUUUCUCAAUUUUUUCUUGAUGACCGCGACCCAAUUUUUGACCCCAUCACACAGUUUACACCACUUUAGUUAUAUAAACCUGUGAAUUUUCUCAUCACUUGUUGCAUUUUUUUUUCUUUUUCGGUUUUUUUGGUAUAGUUUUUCUCUUUUUUUCGAAGAGGAAAAACUUCAUAGAAUGCUUCAUAUUUUUUGACGUUAAUAACUUUUUUAGUUAAGAAAAAAUAUCAAAAAAGUUGAAGGUUAUCAAUUUUAAAUAAGGCAACAUUUUGGUUAAUUUUGCUAUUUUUCAAUAAAAACCAACCUAAAUAAAAAAACGUCAAAAAAUUCAAGUGAAGAACAAGAACAAGGUCACCACCCCCGAAAUGUCUCUAUUCGACAGAGGCGCCCAUUUAUUUUACUAUCAUUUUCAACAUUUUCUGGGUCUUUUUUUCUUAUUCUUGCAAAAAAACUUUUUGUUUAUUGUUUGUGCUUAAAUUAUUGAGAAAUUUUUAGUGAAUUUAAAUUUGGAGUCUUAUAGAAGAAGGGUUUUUGUCGUGAAACAUACGAUAAAUAUUUGAUUUUUUGAACUGAAUUAGACCUAGAGUUGGAGAGAACCUAUUUAUCUUGUGUGUAUAAGUUAUAGUUAAUUUAAAAAAAAUCUGUGAAAAUGAUUCGUAUACUUCUAUGAAAUUUUAGGAACUCUAAAGGUCACCCAAACCAAUUCAAAAACUUGAACUCAAAAGGUCGAGCCUGGAAGUUUGAUACCAACUCAGGCUCUAGAUGUUUUUAGAAUAAAGAUUCUUCAAGGGUUUUACUAUAUCAACAAAUUUCCCAUUUAUCUCCCUUCUACUCAAAACUCCUUUGUUCCUGCUCAAAAUAAUUAUUUUUUCCAGGUGCAAAGGAUUUUUCAAACGAACAGUCCAAAACAAGCGUGUCUACGAGUGUGUUGUUCGUGCCGGACACUGUGUGAUCGAUAAAAAACAUCGAAAUCGGUGCCAAUAUUGUCGAUUCCAAAAGUGCCUUCGCCAGGGCAUGGUAUUAGAGGCUGUUCGGGAAGAUAGAACUCCAGGUGGUCGAAAUAGUGUAUCAUAUAAGGUAUGUUGCUUUUCUCCCAAAUGUCUAUAUGAAAUUAUGAACUUUUUCAGUGCAAAACUCAUAGUUCCGAUUUAUUGGAUCGUCGUAUUGUUAGAACUUUACCAACGGGAAAAAAUUUAAUUCAAGUGAGAUUAUCUUGUUUCACGAAGGUUUUCCUAAAACCAGGAUUGUUUUAGGAUCUCAUCGAUAUGGAUUGUUUGGAUAGAUUAAUAAAUUUGAAAGGCUUGCGAAUUGCGCCAUCAGCAAAUUGUGAUAUUUCGCCAGCUUGUAGUCGAUUAACAAGAAUUGGUGAUGAAAUUGUUGAGCAACUCGUUGAAUGGACGAAAACUUUGCCGUUUUUCGAGGAACUUCCAGUUGAAGCACAUACUCAUUUGUUAACUCAACGUUGGGCAGAAUUGGUAUUGUUAUCAGCGUGUUAUUAUGCGUGUAGUGCUUUUACACCGGAUUCUCCGGAUACAACUUCAAUGAUUACGGAUAGUGAUGAGGUAUGUUGGAGGUGCUUGAAAUGUUAUCUUACAAUAAGUUAAAAAGUUUAUAUAUUUGUUGGAAACUGUGUUUUAAUUUCAGAAAUCCAUUUUUUAGAAUCAUGGUUUUAGAAAAUUAGUAAUUUUACGGAGCUUGAAAGAAUAAUUUGUAUAUAGUUUGAAAAAUAUCAUGAAUGAAAAUUGAAGCGUGUGAACAAUUUUUAUCAUAGGUUACUGUAGUUGAAUUUGUCUUAAUAUAGAUCAGAAUUUAUAUUCAUACUACUAUUCACUUCACUAGAAAUUCGAAAACCCUUUUCACAGUUCCCUCUUUUCAGAUCUCAUUUUCCAACCCGAUCGUCAACCUUAAAUUAUUGCAAAACCGUCUUUCAGCAGUUCUAGGAAAAAAUAUUUCAUUGGAACAUGUUAUUAAGUGAGUUUCACAUAAUAUCCGAGUUUCACAUAAUAGAGUUAUUCCCAAUGUCAUAUUUUCAGAGAGGCUGGUCCACUGGUUAUCAGAUUCACAUCACUUCUUCAAUCAUUUUCGAAACUUAAAGUUUCUCCAGAAGUUUAUGUUUGUAUCAAAGCUAUAACGCUGCUCCACUUGAGCACAGGUGAGUCUUUUUUGAAUCAGGAAAAAUAGAAAUAUGCGUUAUUUCAGGUUCAACAUUGGAUGAAUCCGUUGUUCGAAAAGUUACCGUACUCCAGGAUCAUUUCGUAAAAACACUUCAAAUUCAUUUGCUCCAACCUGAAGAGCAAACAAGACUUGGACAAAUUCUUGAAUGGCUUCCAGAUCUUCGCAAUGCAUCUUCAGUUCUUCUUCACUCCAAAAUGUUUUAUGUUCCAUUUUUACUGUGCAAAAACCCGAGACGACUAGUUUUUGAAGAAUAA